AUGCUGGGUCAUGGUGAAGAACUCCUGCUGAGCACGGUGGAGGCAUUGCCCCUGCGGGUGCUGAGCAAGGGCGAGAAGGAGCAGGUCAGCUACGAGGAGAGAGCGUGCGAGGGCGGGCGGUUUGCGGCGGUGGAGUUGGUGGGGAAGCCGUUCGACGAAGCCUCGAAGGAAGGGGCAGUCAAGCUCCUCAAGUACGUCGGAGGGAGCAACGACAAGGGGGUUGGUAUGGGCAUGACUGCUCCUGUCUCCAUCACUGCUUUUCCUGCUGAAGAUGGCUCCUUUCAGCAGAAAGUGAAAGUGUCUCUGCGAAUCCCGAGCCAGUUUCAAGACAACCCUCCUCAUCCUACUGAUGAAAGCAUUAAGAUUGAAGAGAGACAGGGGAUGACCAUUUAUUCCACGCAGUUUGGUGGCUAUGCCAAAGAGGCGGAUUACGUGAACUAUGCUGCCAAGCUGAAGGCUGCUCUGGGGAGUGAAGCUGCAUACCGCAAGGAUUUCUACUUGUGCAAUGGUUAUGACCCCCCUAUGAAGCCUUAUGGACGACGCAAUGAGGUCUGGUUUGUGAAAGAGUGAACAUCUGGCUCCCCGUGCUGCUGCCUUGCACUGAUAACCACCCCACCCUAUGUCCCUGUUCUCUUUAAAAUAAACUAAUAAUUCAGCAGAGGCGAAAAACUAUCAUUGCCUUUCUCCACACCUAUGCCGUAGUCUUUUAUUGACCAGCCAUUUUAGAAGAACACUUGCUGACCCUCCUGAUGGUCCUGCUCCUUCAUUCCAGACCAGGUCCUCAGCUACACAGACUCUCUUGAUCUCUCUGUGGCUUGCAUUAUCUCCUUUGUGCUCCCAUAGUUCAAUGCUGAGAAAGCCAAAAGUACUUAAUUAGCAAGACUGGUGCCUGACAGGAGUCACGUCCAAGUGUUGGCAGACUAUUAGUCUCACCUGAGACGGGCAGGGGAACAUGAUGAAAGUGCACACAGUCAUACAGUGAGUUUUUUAUCUCCUUGACUUUUCUGCAGCUGUAAAAUGCUGCUUUUAUCUUUGCCAUUCCACAAGCAGUCUAAAGGGACACAGGCAUUGCUGCCAGCACAGCACAGUGAAAAUAAACAUCUUUUAAUUCAGAGUGUGCAGGAGAUCAACGCUUCUGUCGUCUGACUGAGAAAUGUCAUUUAGAGAAAGAUCCAGGUUUCUGUUUGCAGCUGUUCUUCUGUUUGAGGUGAGACAUUUUGGGGCGUGCUAUGUCUUGAUCUCAGCUAGCAGCUGGACAAUGUGACCUGGAGACCCCAAGAUCAUUUCCUCACCUUCCUGUUGCUUUUGUGUAACAUUUCUUUAAAACCAGCCUAUACAAGGGCCAAAGCUAAAAUGUGUCUGGUAAUCUAAUUGAAUUAGAAAAAUACAGGCUGGGAAGAAAGCAGAUGCUUAUCAUUUGUGAUCUGAGGGUGCAUUUGAAGAAUGGUGAACAUAUAGUGAAACUACUGUGGGUGCCAAUCUUUAAAAAAACUUCUCUUAAAUGGUGUCUGUUUUUGAAAGGCUACUGAGAGCAGCUGUUUUCUUUAGAGGAGAAGGAGAACAUGACUGUUCUUGAAAACUGGGACUUAUAUCAAAUGAUGAAUAACAGCCUUUUGGAAACUUCAAAUACAAUACCAAGUGUGGGUCUUGUUUCAAGAAGACCAACAAUAUUGAACUGUUAGGCAUCAAACCAGCAUUUUAGCUGUGGGCUCUGCCAGAGACACAGCAGAAUGCCCUCAGUGGGAAUGCACUCACACACCAUGCUGCUGUGGGUGCCUGUAUAAUUCAUUACCUCUACUAAAAGAGGUGUGGUCCUCUGAUGAUUAAGUGCCCGAAAGCUCAGGUGCCUUCCAAAGGCCAUUUUCCCCUGGAGCUGAAAGAGACAUUUGUCAGGUGGCAUCUUGGCUUUUGGCUGAUCAAGCUGUUUGCUUACAGAGAACUAAUCUCAGGAGUGAAAGGAGAAAACUUGAGUUUCUGAUGUGCUUUCCUUUUCUCUCUUGCUGAGCCAUAAAAGAGCUUUGCUGCGGACCUCAUGAGAGUGUUUCAGUCACUUGAGGGGACUGUGCAAGAGCAGCUAGUUCAUGAUGGGUAAAAAGAGCAGAUAUCACUUAAUUAAAAACAAACAACAAGGGAAAAGCUACUGGCUGCAGUUAGUGAUUGCAAUGCAGAGGAGGGAGAAUCAAAAGAUAAAUCAAGACAGACAAAGGAUUAGCUUUCAAAGGAAUUUUUUAAGCAGCAAAUGCCCCUUUAAGCCCAUUCCUAAAUCCAAAGGGACCUAUUCAUGUCCUGUAUUAUUUUUACCUGUAUGGGUAAGGAAUGGAAGAGCACAGUGCCGUCUGAUUUAUGUGUUCUCAGGUUCAUUUUGGACUUUGUGUUUAGACUGUGGAUACAGUCCUUUCUGGCUACCAGUGGUGAAUGUCCUGCAAUUAUCAAAACCUUGACAUUUCUCAAAAUUUAUCCUGUGAAAUCUCAGAUGUUAGGAAGGCCAGUUAUAAACCUUGAAGAGAACUGCGCAUCUCAGCAGCAUGGUGGGUUUUUCCAUAACAUGCAUACACUCUAAACAGAGAGCGAGAGCUUCUGAACAAACUAUAAGAGUAAUCACAUCUGUAGGCUUUGCCUACAGCAGCCCUGCUACUGGCCUUUUGCAUGUGGCAGGCAGGAUAGAGUUUCAUAAACAGUGUUAAAUUAUAUCAAAGCCUUAAGCAAACUGAAUUGCCUUUUCUGUAUGCAAAGAUGCUUGUGUUUUGUCUGCAUUUUCUGGAGUUUUGAAAUAAAUAUAAUAUUGUGAUUUACAACUUCUGUGUUGAUCGUUGACUUUGUGAGCUCAGUGGGAAUUGUUGAUUUGCUGGACUGUAGGUUGCCAGUUUAUUCUUCUUUUUCAGGUACUAAUCAUGUCACAGCAUCUAUAAAUAGUCAUAAUGCUUUUUCCAAUAAAUUGCUAUUUUAGGUA